AUGCCCACACCUCAGGAAGUUGCCUGCCAGUUUAUCCCGGCGUUCUUUGAACGCCUCGCAUCUAACCCUGCAGAUGUCGCCGAAAUGUACGACUCGAACUCGUCCUUAACAAUCGUAGACUUCGUGUACGGCACAACUGAAGUCCGAAAUGGGGACGUUCCUCGGGCCGUAGAACAGUGGUCCCAGAUCCUUCAGGGGCACGAGAUGUGCGUGGAGAACUACUCUGCCGUCCCCUUGUACGGUGGUAUAAGCGUGUACGUGACUAUGUUUGCUGACUCUAAAACGACCCGUCACUACUUCCAGUUCGUGAACAUUCUUGAGUCGUACAACACUGGUGCUUACGGCUCGGAGGCGUACUUUAUCCGCCACCAGAUUGUGAUGCGUCUCGGUUCCGCCGAAAAGGAGCAGCCAGAGCCCGAGGUCAAGCCUCAACCAGAGCCGAAGUUAGAAGUGUCUUCUGAGCCAGUUGAAGCGACUGUGGCGCCCGCAUGCCCGUCAGCCGUUGAGGAGGAAGGGAAUAAAGAACAGUCGCAACCCAAGAAGGAUGCCACCAUGGAAGUUCCUGAAGCAGCAGCAGAAGUAACAAGCGAGGAAAAGACGGCUGCAGAUGAGCCGGCAGCCGCAGCUCCUGUGCAGCGUCAGCCGCCAGCAACGUCGUCAAAGCCGAAGUCGUGGGCUAUUCUUGCCAGCGCUCAGCCGAAGGGAGAACAGCGCCAGCCACUGAGGGUGGUUGUUCCAGAGAACGGUGGAAAUGCUGAUGCCGCUGAGGUCAAUGCUCCUGUAAAGCCGACCCAGACAGAGCAACGGCAUGUAGCAUCCUCUUCUGCUGCGGCUGCAGGGGCCCAGAAGUCUUCUGCUAAGGCCCCUCGUCCUCCCGCAGCGCCUAUUGGUGAUCGCCUGAUGUUCAACAUCGAUUAUGCAGUUUCAGAUGAGGAGAUUAAGACGGCCUUUGGUCCGUUGGCUGCUCAUAUUGUCUCCCUCCGCAACAACUCUGCUAAUGGCCACGUCUUCCUUGACUUUUCAGACAAAGAGAACAUCAUGGAUGUUCUUAAGGCCAACCCCCCGACAGGUCGGUACACGCAAGACUCGUGUGAACAUUUACCGUCAGAGGACGAGGCAGUAGGGAAGGGUGUAGGGAGUACACCUUUCACAAAAUCCAUGGAGUGA